ACUUCUUCUCUGGAGUUGGAAGGUUUUCGGUUUCUUCGUACUAUUUUGUGGAGUAGGAAGUAAACCCAGUUUAUUUUGCUGGAUAUUGUUUUUUUUUUUGGUGUAAUUUUGUUCGAAUGUUUGGGUUGACUCGAUUUGGUCAAAGAGGAGAUCGUCCUUGUGGCGGCUUGAAAUUUAUUUUUGUUAUUUCAGGCUGAAAUUGUGGUUAAUUCUUCUUUCAAUGGAAUCUUGGUUGCCACUGAGAGGUUUUUUGCUCGAACUAUUGUAGCUUUUGCAUUUAAAGACACAAUUUCAGAACUUACUUUAAUUAGAGAAAAAGCAAAUAUGAAGGAUAGGUUUUUUCGGGGAAAUUUCUGUGUAGACAUUUCUUUGGGUCAGUGUUUGUUUUUGUCGAUUCCCUCGACGUUUAGGCCUCCCUUUUGUGUCUGUGUAUGAGAGAUCUCAUUAGUUAUCCUUGCUGGGGUUUUUUUGUGUUUAUGGGCCAGUCUGACUUACUGAAUUUGCUAUUCGCGGUGGGUGUUUGGUGUUCUGCAUAUAUUGUUGUUGCAGUUCUUGCAUCAUUGCGGAUCAUCUCCUGUCUUUGUCCGCUUUAAACUUGGGAGACAACUAGCAAGCUGCCAUGGGAUACGCACAACUAGUUAUAGGUCCUGCCGGCAGUGGAAAGUCAACCUACUGCUCUAGUUUGUACCAACACUGUGAGACAGUUGGCCGAACUAUGCAUGUUGUGAAUCUUGACCCUGCUGCUGAACAUUUUGACUAUCCUGUAGCCAUGGAUAUUAGGGAGCUCAUUUCGUUGGAUGAUGUUAUGGAGGAGCUUGGACUUGGUCCUAAUGGUGGCCUUCUGUACUGCAUGGAACAUCUUGAAGAAAAUCUAGAUGAUUGGUUGACAGAAGAAUUGGAUAACUACAUGGAUGAUGAUUAUUUAGUUUUCGACUGCCCAGGUCAGAUAGAGCUCUUUUCCCAUGUUCCGGUUCUUAAAAACUUUGUGGAGCAUUUAAAGAGAAAAAAUUUCAAUGUCUGUGCUGUGUAUUUGCUUGAUUCUCAGUUCAUGACAGACAUCACAAAGUUUAUCAGUGGUUGUAUGGCAUCUCUUUCAGCAAUGGUCCAACUUGAAUUACCGCAUAUUAACAUCCUCUCCAAAAUGGAUCUUGUGACCAACAAAAAGGAUAUUGAUGACUUCUUAAAUCCGGAGCCUCAAGUUUUGUUGUCAGAGUUGAAUCAACGUAUGGCUCCACAGUUUUCAAAGCUAAAUAAAGCUCUAAUUGAACUGGUGGACGAUUAUAACAUGGUGAGUUUUGUGCCACUUGACUUGAGGAAAGAAAGCAGUAUAAAAUACGUGUUGGCUCAAAUAGAUAACUGCAUUCAGUACGGUGAAGAUGCAGAUGUGAAGAUCAAGGAUUUUGAUCCAGAGGAUGAUGAUUAAAUCAGAGUUGGGAGGUUUUUUUGGGGUUUUUUUUGUUUGAUUAGAACACGAUAAUCAAAUCGGAGUUUGAAUUUGAGUUUGAGUUUCAGCUAUACAUAUGUUUGUAUGUAAGUGUUCAAACUUUUGUCUCUUUGUUUCUGGUGAAGACGAGUGUUACAACUGCUUGAAGCAUUUGUUUUAAUAAAGAAAAUGAAGAGAAAUACUGCGAAGAAA